AUCAACCAUCCUCCUCGUCUUCGCUCGGGGCAGGCGGCCCGCCAUGGCAGAGCUGGGCCUCAACGAACACCACCAGAAUGAAGUGAUCAACUACAUGCGAUUUGCACGCUCUAAGCGUGGCCUACGUCUCAAGACAGUGGACUCUUGCUUUCAGGACCUCAAGGACAGCAGGCUUGUGGAAGAGACGUUCACAAUAGAUGAAGUGUCAGAUAUGCUGGAUGGCUUGCAGACUGUGGUACACAGUGAAGUUGAAUCAGAACUUAUUAAUACAGCAUACACAAAUGUAUUACUCCUGCGUCAGAUCUUUUCCCAAGCUGAGAAGUGGUAUCUUAAACUGCAGACCGACAUUUCUGAGCUGGAAAACAGGAACUUAUUAGAACAAGUUGCAGAGUUUGAAAAAGCAGAAUUUGUAUCUUCAAAUAAGAAGCCCAAUCCUGAGCAGGUCAAACCUAAACUUACUCCACUGCAUGAAGGAGGAUCAGAAUUGCUAUACAAGGAAAUUGCAAGACUUCAAGAAGAAAAUGAAAAAUUGAAGACUAGAUUAAAGACUAUAGAAGUGCAGGCUACAAGUGCACUGGAUGAAAAAUCAAAAUUAGAAAAGGCCCUGAAAGAUCUACAGAUAUUUCAAGAAGAUAAAAAGCUUGACACAACUCAGGAUAUUAGUGAACUAGAAAACACAAUGGCUGCUCUGAAGUUCCAGUUUGAAAAAACUUUGAAUGACAGUAGUGCAAACCAAAAGUCCUUGGAAGAGAAUCUGAUGACAACCAAGCAUGAGCUUCUUAAGGUUCAGGACCAACUAGCUAUGGCAGAAAAGGAAUUGGAAAAGAAGUUCCAACAAACAGCUGCCUACCGCAAUAUGAAAGAGAUUCUCACAAAGAAGAAUGAACAGAUAAAGGAGUUACGAAACAAGCUUUCAAAAUAUGAGCCAGAUGACUAAGAUGUGAAGAGUAUUUAGCCUGUCAAGAAGCUGCCACAAAAGGAAUU